CAGAAUGGCACUCUUGCCCAGGGUCACCCCUGCGUGUAGUCAAAGGAGUCGUCCCGAUCGGUUCGAGCAGUUUUCGCGGGUGCUGCCGGCGGGCGCCGGCCGACCGUGCGACGGCCUCCGCCCCGGGCCUGAGAUGGCCUGAGCCGCUCGGGGCCUCGGCGCCGGCGCGAUGGCGCCGGCGGAGGCGGCCCAGUCUUGGGAGCAGCUCAGGCAGCUGCUGCAUCAGCAGGUCGACCACGCCCAGGGUGAGAUCGACAGGCGGCAGGCGGAGAUGCGCGAGCAGGUCAUGAACAUGCGGGCCGAGAAGCAGCAGCUCGACACGGAGUGGGAGCAGCUCGGCGCAGAGUGGGCGGACGUCGAGAAGGCGGAGGCCGCCCUGAUGGGGCAGCUGGAGGAAGUCAGUCGGCUGCGCGAGGAGGUCGACAAGCUCGCCGCGGCCCGCGGUGGCCUGCUGGGCUGCUGCACAGCCCCGGCGUCGCCGCGGUCCGAGGAAAUCAGGAUCGUCCGCGGGAGCAGCGAGGAUGGCGGGCGUCGCGCAGAUCGGGGGACCAAUGGCGACAGAAACAUAAACUUUCGGAGGUCCGAGCGGACCUUUGACAGUUUACGUCCCUGUCACUCGCUGGUUCCCCGGGGCAGAAGCACACGGCGACGCCAUGUCCUCGCACCACACCAACGUGACAGACCCCGGCGGUGCGGCGGGCGGCUGACCGCAGAGUCGGGCUGCCGCCCUCGGCCUGCCAGGCAGGGCGCCGCCCACGCCGCAGGCGCCGGCGAAGGGGGCAGACGCGGCUGCAUGGCUGCUGCCGACAGGGCGAGGGUUGCAGUGUGGAGGUGUUCGCCUGCCUUCGAAGGCGCAAGCACUGUACAACACGGGGCGGCGGAUCGAAUGGCCUUAGGCCUAUCCUGCCACCGUGCCUGUGUUGUGGGUAUGCAGCCUAUUGGAUGUUUGUUGGGGUCUCGUGGGAAUCCCAUGCUUCGUCUCGCUCUCUUGCUCAUGCGCUAUGAGCCUAAGCCUGGGAUAUGGAAGCGCCUAAGGCGGACUGUAUACCUAAGCUUACCAGCUUGUUUUCGACUGGGAGCCCCAGGGGCACGCGGGAAGCCCUCGGGGGCACGCGGGAAGCCCAAGGAGACUUCGCGAUGUGGGGUCCGGGCCCCUCACGGACCCCUCGGGAGUGAGGAUUGGGGCAGAGGGCCCGAGGACGCGGUGGCGGAUGCUUGUUCUGUUCCUCCGAGCCAGGGCACCCUGCGCGGGCGGGGUCGUGCACGGGCUCCUCCUGCGAGCUGGCCUUGUAGUCCGUAGGCCUUCAGCGGGACUGGUCUGGAGCUUCCGCCUCCUCUGUGCUUCACCGCAGCAGGGCCCUGCUCUUCCUGCCCAGGUUUUUUGCAUCUGCAUGUGUGCUCCCCGCUGCCUACCCCUCAUCCAUCGAAUCCAGUGUCAGAGAUGUUAGCUUGGUGACCCGCGAGCUGGCUUUUCGGGCACGAAUCUGUUGCCCAGCCCGCGUCUUCUUACAGGCUGGCAUGCCACGCAGCGCGGAAAAACAAC